AUGGCCUCGCCGGCCACCAGCCCGGACUCGUCGAGCCACGAGGGCCCGGCAUCGAACCACGAGGGCCAUGAGGGCCCGGCCCUGAGCCACGAGGGCCCAGCAUCGAGCCAUGAGGGCCCAGCAUCGAACCACGAGGGCCCGGCCUUGAGCCACGAGGGCCUGGCAUCAAACCAUGAGGGCCCGGCAUCGAACCACGAGGCCCCGGCGUCGGCGUCGGCGCCCGCGGGAUCCCCGACCUCGGACUCGGAGAACCUGAGCCCCGACGAGCUGGAGCUGCUGGCCAAGCUGGAGGAGCAGAACCGGCUGCUGGAGGCCGACUCGAAGUCGAUGCGCUCCAUGAACGGGUCUCGGCGGAACAGCGGCUCCUCGCUGGUCUCCAGCUCCUCGGCCUCCUCCAACCUCAGCCACCUGGAGGAGGACACCUGGAUCCUCUGGGGCCGCAUCGUCAACGAGUGGGACGAGUGGAGGAGGAAGAAGGAGAAGCUGCUCAAGGAGCUGAUCCGGAAGGGGAUCCCGCACCAUUUCCGCGCCAUCGUGUGGCAGCUGCUGAGCCGGGCGGGGGAGGUUCCUGUGCGGCAGCAAUACUCGGAGCUGCUGCGCAUGUCCUCGCCCUGCGAGAAGCUCAUCAGGAGGGACAUCGCCCGCACAUACCCCGAGCACGAGUUCUUCAAGGGCCAGGACAGCCUGGGACAGGAGGUGCUCUUCAACGUCAUGAAGGCCUAUUCCCUGGUGGAUCGGGAGGUGGGAUAUUGCCAGGGCAGCGCCUUCAUCGUGGGACUGCUGCUCAUGCAGGUCUGGGAAUGGGGCUGGGAAGAGCAGCUGCCGGAGCUGAGCGGGCACUUCCGUGCCCAGAGCUUCCUGACCUCCAUGUACGCCUCCUCCUGGUUCCUCACCCUCUUCCUCACCACCUUCCCCCUGCCCGUGGCCACGCGCGUCUUCGACGUCUUCAUGGACGAGGGGCUGGAGGUCGUGUUCCGUGUGGGGCUGGCGCUGCUGCAGCUCAACCAGGCCGAGCUGGUCCAGCUGGACAUGGAGGGCAUGUCCCAGUACUUCCAGAAGGUGAUCCCGCACCAGUUCGACUCGUGCCCGGACAAGCUGAUCCUCAGGGCCUUCCAGGUCAAGUACAACCCCCGCAAGAUGAAGAGGCUGGAGAAGGAGUACACGCAAAUCAAGAACAAGGAGAUGGAGGAGCAGAUCGAGAUCAAGCGGCUCCGAACCGAGAACCGGCUCCUGAAGCAGCGGAUUGAGACCCUCGAGAAGGAGAGCGCGGCUCUCGCCGACCGCCUCAUCCAGGUACUGCCGAAAAAACUCCUUUUUUCCCCCUUUUUCCUGCUUUUUCCGCCCCAUUUCCGCCUCCUCCGCCUCCCCUUUCCCGCCGCUCCCGCCGCCUCUCCCCUUUUCCUGCUUUUCCGGAGGCUCCCGAGCACCUUCCCCGCGCGGGGGGGGGAGGAGAACCUGCAGAGGGCUCAGAGCACCAUCAGGGAGCUGCAGGGGACCCCCCGGUUCAGCGAGGAGUUCGUGACCCACCUGCAGACGGAGCUGGAGCAGUCGCGGCUGCGCGAGAGCGAAACCCUCGGGGCCCUCAAGGAGAUGCAGGACAAGGUCCUGGACAUGGAGAAGAGGAGCACGCUGCUGCCG